AUGUUAAAGAAAAACCAUACAGCUGUGACUGAGUUUGUUCUCCUGGGACUGACAGAUCGGACUGAGCUGCAGCGCCUUCUUUUUGUGGUAUUUCUAGUCAUCUACCUUAUCACAGUAAUCGGCAAUGUGAGCAUGAUCUUGUUAAUCAGAAGUGACUUGACACUACACACUCCAAUGUACUUCUUCCUCAGUCACCUCUCCUUUGUAGAUCUCUGUUAUACCACCAGUGUUACUCCUCAGAUGCUGGUUAAAUUUUACCAAGAGAAAACCAUUUCCUUCAUUGGCUGCUUUAUCCAAUUUCACUUUUUCAUUGUACUGGUGAUCACAGAUUAUUAUAUGCUCACAGUGAUGGCUUAUGAUCGCUACAUGGCCAUCUGCAAGUCCUUGUUAUACGGAAGCAAAAUGUCCAGGUGUGUCUGCCUCUGUCUCGCUGCUGCUCCCUAUAUUUAUGGCUUUGCAAAUGGUCUAGCACAGACCAUCCUGAUGCUUCUUCUGUCCUUCUGUGGACCCAAUGAAAUCAACCACUUUUACUGUGCAGACCCACCGCUCUUAGUCCUCACCUGCUCAGAUACUUAUGUCAAAGAGACUGCCAUGUUCUUGGUGGCUGGUUCCAACCUCAUCUGCUCUCUCACCAUCAUCCUCAUUUCCUACACUUUCAUCUUCACUGCCAUUCUGUGUAUCCGCACUGCUGAGGGGAGGCGCAGGGCCUUCUCCAUCUGCGGGUCCCAUGUGACGGCUGUCACUGUCUUCUAUGGGACACUGUUCUGCAUGUACCUGAGGCCCCCUUCUGAGACAUUUCUACAACAGGGGAAAAUUGUAGCUGUUUUUUAUAUCUUUGUGAGUCCGAUGUUAAACCCAUUGAUCUACAGCCUGAGGAACAAAGAUGUUAAAAGAAGUAUAAGGAAAGUUAUUCAAAAGAAACUGUUUGCUAAGUAA